AUGGCCACGGAGGAGGAUUUAUUACUUACGAUAGACAGUGAUGUGGAAGUGGAUAACGAUUCAGACUCAUCCGUCGAAGAGGAAGAGACUGGCGACAUCAAUGCAAAUUUCGAAUUUUCCAUUGGAGAUGAGGUCGAUGAGAUAAAAGAUUGGGAGGUGGAAAACGAUGAGACAUUCAAGGAUGUCAAUUUGGAUGAGAUUAUUGAAAAGAAGAGGGGAGACUUACCAGAGGAAGAGGAGAAGAGCUCUGCGGAAGAGGAAGUUGACGAGAUGGAACAAGGUGGAGCAGAUGACGAAGAGGAAGAUCCCGAUGCAGAAGACUUUUACGAAACAGCUUCUGUGGAAUCUAGCACCACAUUUCAGGAACUACAACUUUCACGCCCGAUAUUAAAAAGCAUACAAUCAUUAUCAUUCACGUCACCAACACCAAUUCAAUCCUCAACCAUUCCUAUUGCAUUAUUGGGUAAAGAUAUUGUCGCAGGUGCACAAACGGGUAGUGGUAAAACAGCAGCAUACUUGAUUCCAUUGAUUGAACGUUUGAUCUUCAAGAACUCUACUUCAACUAAAGCAAUCAUUCUUACUCCUACCAGAGAGUUGGCCAUUCAAGUUUAUGACGUGGGAAAGAAGUUGGGGCAAUUUGUAAAGAAUUUGAGUUUCGGAUUAGCUGUGGGUGGUUUGAACUUGAGGCAACAGGAGCAGCAGUUGAAAUCGAGACCUGAUAUUGUCAUUGCAACACCAGGUAGAUUGAUUGAUCAUAUACGAAACAGUCCAAGUUUUAGUGUGGAGGAUGUCCAAGUAUUGGUAAUUGACGAAGCCGAUAGAAUGUUGGAGGAGGGUUUUCAGGAAGAAUUGACGGAAAUAUUGUCAUUGAUACCGAAGCAAAAAAGACAAACGUUGUUGUUUUCAGCCACAAUGAAUACAAAAGUGCAAGACUUGGUCCAAUUGUCGCUUAAUAAGCCGGUGCGUGUCAUGAUCGAUCCACCAAAGACAGUUGCAUCCAGAUUAGAGCAACAGUUUGUUCGUAUUCGUAAAAGAGAGAAUUUGAAACCGGCUUUGCUUUUCCAGCUUUUGAGAAAGUUGGAUGGCAGAAUAGUGGUGUUUGUGUCGAGAAAGGAGAUGGCACACAAGUUGAGAGUCAUUUUAGGAUUGUUGGGCCUCAAGGUGGCCGAAUUGCAUGGUGCAUUGACGCAAGAACAACGUUUGGCAAACAUGAAGCAGUUUAUGGGUGAUGUCAAUGUUUUAAUUUGUACAGACUUGGCGGCAAGAGGUUUAGAUAUAAGAAUAGAGUACGUGGUUAACUUUGACAUGCCAAAGACUUACGAGAUUUAUCUACACAGAGUUGGUAGAACUGCAAGAGCCGGAAGAAAAGGUACAUCAAUUACAUUUGUCGGAGAGAGCAACCAGGAUAGGGCUAUUGUCAAGGCAGCAAUAAACAAUGGAAGGAGUGUGGCGAGAAAAGUUGACUGGAAUGAUGUUGAAGCAAUCAACAAGAGAAUAGAUGAAAAGGAGUCGGCGGUUGAUGAGGUGCUACAAGAAGAGAAGGAAGCAAAAGAAAUAUUGAGAGCCGAAAUGCAAUUAAACAAAGCAAGCAAUUUGAUAAAGUAUGAAAAGGAUAUUCAUUCCAGACCGAAACGAACUUGGUUCAAGAGUGAUGUGAUGGGCCAGCUAACCAAACAUGGUAAAAAGGUAAACUCGAAAAAGAGAAAGGCAAAUGAGGAGAGGAAGGAGAAUGAAAAGCGGUCAUAUAAGAAGACAAAGGCUGACAGAAGUAAGAAGAGUAAGCAUAAGUAG